AUGACUCGCUCUCUCACUAAAGCUACUCAAUACGCCACUGCCCUCGCGGCUUCUCUACUUGUUACAUCAUUUAUUGUCAACAUUUCAACUGUCUCCUUUCCGUUUCUCCCAUUCGUCCAACUCUCUCUCCCCUUCCCCACAGGUUACUCCAUCACUCGCUCUCUCACUGAAGCUCCUCACUACGUUGCUGCCCUCGCAGAUUCUUUGCUUGUGUUCUCCAUAGCAACGGACGGGCAGACGCAGGUGGGCAUCAAGGUCCUCCUAGGCGAGAGGGAGAUGGCGUCUGAUCUUCCUGUCACUACAUUCCCUCCCAUCUACUCUCUUAUUGAUAUCAGGUGUUCUCCACAGCGGCGGAUGGGCAGAUGCAAGAGGGCAUCAGCGGCGAAUGAGCAAACUCAGGUGGACAUCAAGGUGCUCCAAGGGGAGAGGGAGAUGGCGUCUAAUCUCCCUGUCACUGCGUUCCCUCCUGUCUACUCUCUUAUUUAUUGCUAUCGGGUAUUCUCCACAGCAGCAGACGGGCAGACGCAGGUGGGCAUCAAGGUGCUGCAGGGGGAGAGGGAGAUGGCGGCUUUCACCUACCCCUCUCUCUCCGCCCUCAUUAUUGCCAAGCUGGAGGCGGAGCUCCGUGUGGAACGGGAAGCGGCUGCCCAUAUGGCGCAGGUGGCGCAUGACGAGACCGAUCGCAGAGCCACAGCGGAGAGGGGCGUCGCUGCACUGCAGCGAGAUGUGGAGCGCCUGCAGCUUGUGGGAGCUCUUGGCAUCGCCUUGCUGGAUGGCUGUGAGGAGGCGGAGGAUGGAGGAGCCAAACAGCUGCACCGUGUUUCCCACCCCAUCGUACCUGAGGGGAAGGCGGAGGUGUAA